UCUCCCUCCACUUUGACAAGUAAAUUGUGUCCCCUCAGUUGCAUCUACCGUGUCGCAACAAUCUGUCUUUUAUCAACGACGCAAUUUUUUCAUUUUUCGAGUGCCCAAAAUCCCUCCGAAGACGGGAAAAAUUUUAAUUUCACCGGUAAAAUGUUAUUCCAAAAUUGAGGGAAUCGUUGAGCCAACGGAACAGGUGCGCUAACGCGAGAAUUGGACGGGUGAUGACGACGAGAUGCUGUAGCUGAGAGUCAAUGAAAGAGUGAAGGGGAUUGAUCUGAAAGGUUGACUAAUUAGAGUGGAAAAUGGCAAGUCUAGCCGGCAGCUCCGGGGGCUUUCCCCGGGCCCCGACAAUGCUCGAACAGCUGCUGGAGGAGAUCAACUUCCAGAGGACCAAGGAGAUGAGACAGCUGCUCAAGGACGAUUCCGGAUUUGUGAUGCUGCAGGGGACGACCUACUGGACAGACCUGUUUGUCCGUCACUUUCUCUUUCAGGCUGAGCACACCAUCGACGGCGAUGAUCUCCUCUUCUUUGUCCGGAAAAAACACAUUAAGACGUCGUCUCGUUACGUACCGAAGUUCGAGACUGAGGUCGAUGUCUUCAGGAAGGACAGCAAGAAGUUGCCCAUUGGUGAUCCUGAUAUAGACUGGGAGGAGACUGUUUACCUGAAUCUCGUCGUUCACCAGUUUGAUUACACCCUUACGCUGGCCAUUUGUACCAGGACUAGUCCCAAGGAACUGCAAGUACUCAGACGCCACUCGCAGAAGGUCUACGCGAGCCCCAGUCGACGUAGAAUGGACGCCAAGGGAGACCUCGAGGAGAUGACUUAUCCGCACAUUUGCUUCAUGGUUGAUAACUUUGACGAAGUAUUCUGUGAUAUUUUAGUUAGGGACGGAGAGAUGGUGUGCGUUGAACUGGUGGCUUCGGAUCGAGAGGGAGCGGUACAGGGGGUCAUCUUCCUCGGGUCCAUCCGGUAUGAUGCGUUGAAGAAGGUCUACGACGCGAGGUCGAGUCUCAGCACCAAAAUGGCGCAACGAAUGACGUUCGGGCUCUUCUCCGGGGCGUCUUCUCAGCGCGUCGAGUUCGUCCGCAUGAAAGGACCCCAAGGUAAAGGGCACGCUGAGAUGGCGGUGACGAAGCCAAAGGGUUCCGGGGCCGAAACCCCGACGUCAGAGCCCGGCUACUCCGUCACAGACGCCCUCUGGGAUGCUGACUGGGACGACGCCGAAGAGCUCUUCAUGUAUCGUCACCAGAGACGACUCUCCGAUCCAAGUUCAAACCUCAAUAAUUUUGUUCGCGGUGGCUGGCGGACGAAGCCGGAUCAGUGUGCAUCGAAAGCGCGAUCGGAGAACGAGGGUCUCGACUCCAUGGCCAAUGGGCUCAAUGAAAUCGAGGCUGGGGACGUGCGUGACGCUAAAGAACAGGCAAGCAGCUGGGGCGGCCGGGUCGCGUCGUCAUUGCGCCCUGGACGCAAAGAUAAUCGGAGGAGUCCACGCGUGAGGAGACGCGGCUCCUCUAGGGAACGAAGUGACGAGAGGGACCGGAUUGAGAGUAAUUGUGACAAUGAAAAUUGUCCAUCGCCGAGACGUUACGCCGGAACACCGAAGCGUCGUCAGCGUCACAAGACGCAUCAUCAUAUCGAGGUGGGCAGUGAGUCGCUGCUGGUUACCACUGGUGACAAUCUUACCGAGGACAACGUCAUGCAAAAGCUGGACACGGGAGCUAUUCUGGUGAACGGAAAGGAGGAGCUGCCCCUGGGUUAUGGGGAGAGCGAGGACAAUGCCUUUGUCAAUCAGAGAUUACCCAAUUACAAGGAGAACGGGGACGCGCGAGGAUUCUUAUCGUCGGACGGAAAUACCGAUGAGUCACUUCGCCGAAGACACCGGGCACGUCAUCACAGACCCCGUCGCUACUUCAGCGAUGACGAGCUCUUCGGAGUAGUCGGUAGAAAGAGCGAGGGUGUCGUUGACGCCGAGUCCAAUGGCAGGACCGACACCGACGACGACAAUCAUCCGCGAAUAUCGCCGAAGGACAAGAACGCCAAUGCGAGAAUAUCGAAACAACUGGACAGCUGUCAGAGACAAUGUGCGACCCUGCCGAGGAGGCGCCGAAGAAGGGCCCUGUCCGGCAGCGUCAUCGGGAAUCAUCCACUUCCACCCCAUCGGGUUACCCCAGAUGGAACGGCCAUCUAUUACUGGUGUGAGUUCCCGCGCCGCCCCGGCUCUCAGGAGCUGGAUGACGGGGCUUAUAAUCCAUUGUGGACAAUGAGGGGGUUCACGCAGACGUUUCACUUCUGGAAGGAGACCAGGAGGGCACAAUCGGUUCCAUUGAAUGCAUUUUUAACGUACAUCACUUUGCCCUGGUGGAGCAUAGCCAAAGACAUAUUGGACCACCGAGAGGAUCCCAUUUUGACAUUCUAAUGAUCGGCCGUAACCACUGGAUUUGAAUUUUUUUAACUGGACAGGAAGUACUGUCGGCCCUCAGGGGGACCGGAAUGUUGACUAAACAUUUACCUUCGGAUUCUCGCGACCACCAGGUGAAGCCGUCAACUUGUACAAAGUACUACUCAAUGCAACCGUCGAUCCAUUAUUUCAUGUAAAAAUUCGAUCAAUACACGUGAUUUUGUUUGUA